GCAUGCAAGGCGGUGUUCAGCUGGCCCACCCAGGCAGCCAUACAGCAGUGCAAGGGAGGGCUUGUGGAGGCCACAGGAUAUCUCGAGAAGAUGGAUGCCCUGACAGAGAUGCAUGCCCUCUUGUCGGCAUGCAAGGCGGUGUUCAGCUGGCCCACCCAGGCAGCCAUACUGCAGUGCAAGGAGGCUUGUGGAGGCCACAGAUAUCUCGAGAAGAUGGAUGCCCUGACAGAGAUGCAUGCCCUCUUGUCGGCAUGCAAGGCGGUGUUCAGCUGGACCACCCAGGCAGCCAUACAGCAGUGCAGAAAGGCUUGUGGAGGCCACGGAUGCACGCACUGUUGUCGGCAUGCAAGGCAGUGUUCAGCUGGACCACCCAGGCAGCCCAUACAGCAGUGUAGAGAGGCUUGUGGAGGCCACGGGUAUCUCAAGUGUGCUGGGUUUGCGGGGUUGCGCAAUGACAACGAUGCCAGCUGCACGUACGAAGGGGACAACAACGUGCUGCAGCAGCAGGCCAGCCAGUGGGUGGUACGUCUGUGGGGGCAACGGCAGGAACAGCGAGACCAAUUCCCCCUCGGCUCGGUGGACCUCCUGUACCGCAGCCGAGCGGACCACAUGUCUGCUGCCAGCGAGAGGGAGUUUUGUCACCCUCCAGUCCUCCUCGAAGCCUACGAGUGGCUGGUGUGUUGGCUGGUGGAGAAGACGUCACAGUUGUACCAGUCCCAAGUGGAGAGAGGCACUGACAGGUUCCACGGCACGGAACCACUCUCAAGUCUAUCGGGGCAGGAGUCUCUCUCUGGCCUACGCUGA